ACUACUAAAUCUAUUGUUUAUAAAUUGCUUAGUUCGCUGAACACACAAAUCGCUAGUGUGGUGGCUUUUGGAACACGGUGGACGUCUAUCUAUCGAAAAUUGAGGCUCAUACAGCGCUAACGCUUGGCCCGCUGAGGUAGUUAUAGAUGGAGUGGUUACACAAUUUAAGUGAUUGAAAAUGAUUGACUUACUUAUAUGCAGUACAGUUGCUCUUCUGGUGUAUCUAAACACUUUGGACGCCGACUUUGCAUACGAUGAUUCACGUGCAAUACAAAAGAACCAAGACCUUUUACCGGAUUCUCCAAUUUCAAAUAUCUUUUAUGACGACUUUUGGGGAACACCACUAAUACACAGCGGUAGUCACAAGUCCUACCGGCCAAUCUGCGUUCUAACUUUUCGACUAAACUAUUUCCUUGGUGGUUUGAAUCCAUUUGGAUAUCACCUAGGCAAUGUACUUUUACACUGUCUCACCACAUUGCUAUUUACUUACACUGCAAGACAAUUCCUAAAUCGAAUGUUCCCAACAAUUUUUGCAGGUUUGUUAUUUAGCCUUCAUCCUGUUCACACGGAAGCUGUUGCGGGGAUUGUAGGCCGGGCGGAUGUUGGCGCGUGCAUGUUUUUCUUAGCUUCGUUUCUCUGUUUUAUUAAUUAUUGUAAGCAUCGAGAUAUAUCUGAAGAAGUAUCAACUCAGAAUAUAGCAAUCAAAAAAUGGUUGUAUCUGUUCGGUAGCAUGUUGUUCACGUUGGCAAGUAUGCUGACAAAAGAGCAAGGGAUCACAGUCUUAGCAGUUAACAUCACCUACGAUAUGUUUAUAAAACACGGAACAAGGUUGCAAGAUAUUUGGACGAUACUAUUUAAGAAUGGUUCCAGACAGGUGCAGGAAGGCGUUUUGUCGCAGAUUUUCUGUGGGAUCGUUCUCAUUAGUCUUCGUCUAUAUCUCAUGGGAAAUACUCCUCCGGAAUUCUCUCCGUCCGAUAAUCCUGCCUCCGAUUCAAAUAAUACUUUAACAAGAUCAUUGACUUUCCAUUUUCUUCCUGCGUUCAAUGUAUGGCUUAUGUUGUGCCCUUACAAACUUAGUUUUGAUUGGUCGAUGGAGGCAAUACCUUUAGUUACAUCACUACUAGAUGUUCGCAAUAUAGCUACAAUUUCCAUGUAUCUAAUACUUUUUUACACUGUAAUAUACUGUGUCCAGGGACUUAAUUCACUGCAACACCAAUCAUCUCCAAAUUCUAUUUGUAAGCAUCCAGAUUGUUCAAAUUACACCAAAAUGCAAUUUAAAUUUUCCAAUGGACACAAAAACAACCAUCACUAUGAUUCCAAUGGGAAUGGACAUUUUAAAGGUGAUGCCUUGCGGAAGCGAUGCCCUCCUUAUAGACUAAAUCAACCAAUUGGUGCUCUCUCAUUCUUAGAUAUUUUUUCACCAGACAAGAUAUAUAUAAAAAGCGAGGAGCGAAGAUCGCUGAAUGUAAUUCUUAUUGGUUUAUCACUGCUAGUUUUUCCUUUUCUUCCUGCAACAAAUUUAUUUUUCUAUGUUGGAUUUGUUGUUGCUGAACGAGUGCUAUACAUUCCAAGUAUGGGUCUAUGUCUAUUGGUUGCGGAGGGUACGUAUCAACUUUGGAAGCGGAAUCAAGAUACGAACCAAAAGUUAGUCUUAUUCGCAUCCGUCUUCAUUCUGGUGCUUUUUGGUCUUCGAACAAUUAUACGAAACAGAGACUGGCAAAAUGAGGAGGCACUCUAUAGGUCAGGAAUUGAAAUCAACCCAGCCAAAGCCUGGGGCAACCUAGCAAACAUCUUGAAAAAUAAGGGGAAGUUUAGGGAAGCAGAACAAGCAUACAGAAGUGCAUUGUCCUACAGAGGAAACAUGGCAGAUGUACACUACAACCUGGGAAUAUUAUUACAAGAGAAUGAACGAUAUGAAGAGGCCAUUAGCAGUUAUCGUAUGGCUAUCAGAUGUCGCCCAAGACUUGCAAGUGCAUAUCUCAACUUAGGAAUGGUUUUAGCAACCCUUGAGAGGUUUACAGAAGCUGAGGAGGUAUAUCGGCUUGCUAUUGCCAUAGAUAGUACAGGGUUAAAGGACCCAAGAAGUCACACAAAUGCUGUUAUGUCGGCCAUGUUCAACUUGGGAAAACUGUUACAUGAUCAGGCAAAAUACAAUGCUGCAAUUGAUGUGUUUUCUGAAGCUCUUGAGAGACGCCCAGACUAUUACUUACCACAAAGUCUAUACAACAUGCUUGGUGAAACAUAUGCAAAAUUUGGUGAUGCAAUAAAUGCUGAGCGGUUCUUCAAGGAGUCCCUCCUGCACAAGCCAGAUCACGUGCCUGCAUAUUUGACUUACGGAAACUUACUGGGAAAAACGAAUCGUGUUUUGCAAGCAGAAAAGAUGUUUAACAGUGCAGUCGAACUGGAGCCUAAUAAUCCAAGUGUUUAUCAACAUUUUGCUCAAUUUUUAAACGAUCAGAAACGUUAUGAAGAAGCAAUUGCAUUAUACCAGAAGGCCAUGUCAAUGCUUCCAGACGACUUCGAAAUUAUUUUCAAUUUGGCUAACUCAUACCGUCAAGCAGGCCAGAACAUUGAUGCUGAAAAAUAUUACAAGAUUGCUGUUAAGAUUAAACCUACGUCAUCAAAUGGACACAUGAAUCUUGGAGCUAUACUUCAUUUAAACGGGAAAUUAGAGGAAGCGGAGUCAAUCUAUUUGAAGGCGCUACAACUUAAACCAGAUGAUCAGAUAACUCAGCAAAAUCUACGCAAACUACGAAAAUUGAUGGCAAAGCAGCAGGAUAAGAAUUUAGAAAGCAACAGAAGAUAGGAAGAUAGGAUAUAUAAAUUACGGAUAAUUUGAUGGGGGUGUGGGUGUUAACAAAUUUUAUUUGAUCUGUUCACAUCAAGUAACUAUUUUUAGGUUUUAUGUCAUUUAAGUAAUUAAAUAUGUAACAGCCCUGUCUUCAUGAUUACUACCAUACACCAUUGCAAGUGUACACAUGUCAUUGUAACCAUAAUCACCACUCACUGUGAAUGAUCAAAUAAGUGCUUCUCUCAAAUAAUAAGCACUACUCUUAAAAUAAGCAGCACACCAGACAGAUGUUUUUUAUUAAGCGCCGCUCUCGAAUAAUUACUGCAGUGUUUAUUCAAAUUGUAUUUUAUUUCGAAUAAGCAUCAUAGCACUUGAGAAUAUACAAAUACAAAAUGGUUUGAAGUGAUGUAGUGAAUUCUGCUUCCGGAGGUGUUGGAUGAUUGGAGCUACCUCACGACAUUAAGUGGAGAGAGUAGUCCCAAUCAUCCAACAACAAGAGAAGUAGAAUUCACUGCUUUACCAAAAUAAAACCAUUUUGGUUUUUUUUACUAUACCUCAUAAAUAUUAAACAACAAACCGUCCAUCUACAUUAGCCAUUUCGGUCUGUGAGGGUAUGAUUACGCAGUUUGCAUAUGGUUCACAUAGGCAGGGGUACGGUAGUAGAUUUUGGAUAGUACUUUUUUUUCCCGCAUACGCAUAAAUUUGGCACACGCAAGGAAUUAUUGGAAACUACCGCACCCCUUAUCAGGUAAAAUUGACCAAUGAAAUAUUAUUAACUAAUUAAUAUUUAUGAGGUACAGUAAUAUAUAUUACCUGACGUGCCUUGAUAUUCAUUGGGACACUACUUAACAACAAGACAGGCCUAUAAACAUAUGAUAUCAUUUUCACAAUAUAGAAUUGUGUAACAAGAGAAUUGUUUACAGUAAAUGUUGAUCUCAAAUUAGUACCUCUCCCAAAUAACAGUCACACUGAAUCCUGCAAUACUUUUAUAAGUGAUAGUCUUUAAAAAUCUGCGAAUAUCUUCAUGCCUUUAUCUUUACCUACUGGUUUACAACAAAAUUCUAACUUUAGCUGUCUGUGUAUGCUCCAACACCAGUUCCAUGAUCCAACACAAUGUUAGCCCUGCAGUGCACAGAAACCUCUGCUAUGCCCUCCACAGUAAUUCAAAACAAAAAUCUUCUGGCACCUUUCUUUUCUCUUCUCUUCCCUCUUGUCAGCUGAUUACAUUAUAUUCAUUUAAAGUUAAUAUUGUUAUAUCAUACUUUAAGAGUAAACUAUGAUUAUUGACAUUGACACAUUAUAAUAUUUGAUAUUGAUAAUUAUAAUCAAUAUCAUCAACAUCUUCAUCAACAUCAUUAUUCUCAUCUCAUAUUUGAUACACUGGAGGCCAAUCCAAGGCUUAAAUAUUUACCAUUAUCUAUGACAAAUUUUCCAUGGUUAUUUAAAUAGAAUACUUUGGCUCAUAUAGGAAGAACAAAAAUACAAUAUGCAUUGCAUGAUACAUUCCUAUGCAUCUGAGUGAUAAUUUCAUUAAAAAAAACAUAUUGCAAUGUAAUAUAAUUGCACCAUUAUUGUAUAUAGAUUACUAAAGAAUAAAAUAUUUUCUGUGAUUGUAGAUAAAAAGUGCAAUGAUUAAAAAUCAAUACAAUUUAGUGUAAAAUUUAACAAGAUUGCCUUUUAAUUAAUAGCCAUGUUCCUAAAAAUGUUAAAAAAAACAUGUUUUAUAUAAUUUUUGCAACAAUAUUGCAAAUACUCUAUUCUCUUCUACAUUUCCACCCACCAAUUUGUGUUUUUCCUAGGCACCAUAGAAUAAGGUUUUGUUUGUUUUCAAAUUAUUGGCAAACAAGUAAAUGAUAGCGACAUAAUAUUUUAUAUUUUUUAUGACAAAGUCGUACACAUCUUAAUGAUACGUUGAGUAAUUUAUUCAAAAUAUCCAUUAAGCAAAGUUAUUAUUGUAUAUUAACCACAGUUUUACAUUUAGCAAUAUUUAAUUUUUUUGAGAUAUCUAUGCCUGUUAAAGAGCAUGUUUAUUGUAUAUGCAAAAUAUUAAAUUUUUAUCUAAACAAAGCA